GUACAAAGGGAAGUUACUCGUAUAACAGUUGAGGGUUGUAAACAAACAACGACAUAGGAUUAGCGUAUGGAUUCUGAGGGGCUCAUAUAUAACGACUCGAUGACGCACGUAAAUAAAUGGUGAAGAAAUAGGCCUUGCCAGGAAAGACACGACUUUUACAGAAGAUGGGUCGGGGAGAGGUCAGCGCCAGGGGUAAGCAGGGCAGGAUCGCCGUCCCUGCUAUGCCUCGUCCCAUGGCAAUACUUUGUUGUGUUCUGAAUUUCCUCGUCCCAGGGUUAGGAACGAUAAUCGCGGGAUUUACAGUGUGCUGUUGUGCACGCAGCGAAGACAUGACGUGUUGCGAGAAGCUGAGUAGCUUUUGCAUAAGUUUCUGGAUUGGUAUACUUCAAAUUCUCACCCUUCCGGUUCUUCUGCUCGGGUGGAUCUGGAGUUGUGUAUGGGGCGUAUCUUUUAUCGGAAUGUCAAACGAAUAUUACCUUGAUAAUCCGGUUAUGGAUAACGGACACGUGAUUGCCACUAACCAAUCAACCGUCGUUACAACUCCACCUCGUCCACAAGCGCAUGGGUAUCCUAGGGCAAUGACAGCACAACCAGAGUACCCUGUCCAACAACCAAUGCAGGGAGGGUAUCAUCCGGGCUAUCAACAGCAGCAGCAACCAUAUCACGGACAGGUGCCCCCGCAGCAGUUUUAUGGAUCCGCACCUUCUGCGCCUUAUGGAUCCACGCCUUCCGCACCACCCUCUGAAGAGCCACAGUACCCACAACCCGGCACCAGUGGCUAUGGGGGAAUGAACACACAACCAGGACCGUAUUAUGGGGAGCCCCCACCCCCUUAUUCCGAAGCCGACCUCCCUCCGGCAAAACCACCUGUGAAAUCAUGAAGGGGUUUUGUUUAAGUUGUUGAACUUUAAUUGUUGAUGCUUGUGAGUCUUUCAAGCUGGACGAUAUAUUUAUUAUGCCACAGACGUAUUGUAAUAUAAGUUACAUAUUUUACAUGUACAUAGAGGCCAUAUGGGAUUAAAUGUAAUUUAUAACUAAGAUGUUCCAAACAUGCACAGUUGCAAGACAAGAACGAGUUCGUAAACAAACCAUUUCUUACAUGCUAGUAUGUAAUACAAAUCCACCAUUCAAAAAAGCUCAUAAAGUCAUUUCUGGAUUGGUUAAUUGUAAUAAUUAAUAAAAACUUCAGAAACAUUUACAGAAACAUGUUUUAAUCAACAUAGUUUAAUUCUGUUUCAUUUGUAGGUACAUGUAGUUUUCAAGCAGGGAAAUUAAUAUUGCGAUUUAAUCGUUAUACCGGUAUUUCCACAACAAAUCGUCAUAAAAUUAUUAUUAAGUUUUGGAAAGGUGAUAAAAUUUGAUAUUUUCGAGAGAAAAUGGUAUUUAAUUCAGAAAAUUGAAAUUGGACCAGCAAUGUUGUCCGGAGAUAUUUUUAUAAAAUGGAACGAUUCUGUGUUUAUAUAGCGAAUUGUUUGUUUGCGAACUCGCGCUUGUCUUGCUGCUGUUCAGGUAUCUCUCAUUGUAUUGCAUACCUCAUUCAUCACGUGUAUACGACGAAUAUGUUCAUUUUAUAAGUAUACCACUGCGGAAGGAAUAGAUCUACACAAGUUCUUAUGGUUUUAAAAUAAUGCUUUACUUGAAAAGCGAUAACGCAAUACGCAAGUUUAGAGAUGCAUCUGAGUUAUUUCCCUUUAUGGAGUUCUCGAACUCAUUAAGCGAAAAGAAAUUGUUUGCACGUGGGGUGGCAUAUCGCUACAUGUGUAAACAUAUCAUAUAAAAUCAGUUUCUCGUACGAGUUUAAUAUUUUACAUGGAAUUAGUUGAAACACAAAAUGAGGAAGACAAUUUUAUAACCAAUAUUCAAGGAGCAAAGAAAAUCUCAUCAUUAACUUGCCUGUAUAUACAAUAAUCAAGCUUUUAUUCGAAAAUCGGCGUUAAUCUUGUAAAUUUUCUUUACAGUAAAACAUUUAUGUCGAUGAUAUUUUUAAUUUUCUACAGUUAAACAUGUACAUGUAUCUUUAAACAGAAGCCGUUUUUUGUAUUAUUCAUUAUUUUUCCUAUUAACUGCUUUCUCUGUUCCACAUCAGCGUCCAAAUGUUAGUAAUUCUUGCUCCAACACAGAAGAGCUCACACAAGACUUGCGUAUUGCAGUGUUGCAUUCCAUCGCAGUCUCACCUGUUUACACCUUUUUUUCAUUUCCAGGUCUGAUGUUUUCACAAACCUGGCUUUGAAAGUUGUUCAUCAAAUUUUUAUCUAUACUUUAAAUACUUCUUUUAGUUAUUUUUAUCUAUUAUGUCUAGUUUACAUAUGGUAUUUGAUUGAAAUUAAAUAAAAAUGUAUACCAAAAAAAAAAAAAAAAAA